AACAUUGUAUAAUCGUGUGCGGUUUUGCAGCUGAAUUUGUUGAUGGUCACAAGAAAAUGUUCCAUCACCGGCAUAUCCACGGAGUUGCAUCGCUUGCACGCAAUUUCAGCCGCAUCACACUGAAAGAACCACCAUCACGGAAUGUGGCUUUACCGAUCGUUGCUGCCGUGCAACAGCUGACACCAAAUAGACACACAACCGAUGGCUUCCUUCCCAUUCGUCCUAUACAGUUGCGCUCCUCGGUAGGCAACUUCGAGAUAGGCAAUAAUGUAAGAAGAAAUCCACUGUUCCCAUUGAAGGAAAUCAUCGACAUUCCGCUCGUUUCGCGCAUUAUCGAGAGCCCGGUACAGCGUCCCGAUGCGAUAGGACCGAUCGGAGACAAUCUAGCGAUAAUACCAUCGCUAGAGCUACCCACAGAAUCGACCGGGAAAGAUGAAAAUGGAAAACAAGCGGCCCGGUUAAUCGUCAUCCGAAGGCGUAAAAUGCGUAAGCACAAGCUGCGUAAGCUUCGCAAACGCAUGAAGUUCGAAUGGUUAAAGAUCCGACAAAGAAGAGAACUGAAGAAGGAAAAACUCUUCCAGGCAGAAUUAUUGGGACAGAUAAGGGAGGCGGAAAAGUUUUCUGCCGAAGCGUACGUGGCCAGCAAGCUGCGACAAGCAACGGAUGUGCCAUUGCCGCGCUUCUGGAAGGGUAAACGGUUGCCACAGUUCAUCAUUAAGCAAAAGUUGGGAAUGGAGUAGAAGUAGUUGUUUGCUGGUGUUACAGUGAAUAAAGUAUUUUAUGCGU